AAAGAGCACAAUGGCAUUCUCCACCCGCAGCAUCCAUGUCCAGUCCUCUGCACCCAGUGUCAGCAAUGUGACCACCAGGAGAAUGUCUGUCCAGAAGAUCCAGGCACCCAGUGUCUAUGGAGGAGCUGGGGGGUAUGGCACCCGCAUAUCAACCAGCACCAGCUCUGGCCAAGGCCUUGGAGGGAGCCUCCAACUCAGCAUCACUGGCAGUGAUGUGUUGCUCGCUGGCAAUGAAAAAUCAACUAUGCAAAACCUGAACGAUCGUYUGGCUUCGUACCUGGAGAGGGUGCGCUCGCUGGAGAAGUCAAACUCCCAUAUUGAGAUGCAAAUCAAGGAGUGGUAUGAAAAGAACACCAKAAGCGUAGGGCAGGACUACAGCUCCUACUUCAAAACAAUUGAAGAACUCCGCAGCAAGAUUGCUGCUGCCCAGAUGGACAAUGCCAGGCUCGUCCUGCAGAUCGACAAUGCCAAACUGGCUUCUGAUGACUUUAGACUGAAGUUUGAGAAUGAACACCUGCUCAGGCAAAGUGUGGAGAGUGACAUCACUGGACUGCUCCGUGUCCGUGACGACCUGACUCUGACGAAAGCUGACCUGGAGUCCCAGAUUGAGAGUAUAACCGAGGAACUUGUUUUCCUUAGGAAGAAUCAUGAGGAGGACUGUGGCAGGCUGCGCAAAGAGGUGUCUGGCUCUGUGAACGUGGCUCUGGAUGCUGCUCCCGGCGUCGAUCUCGCUGCUAUUAUGGAAAACAUGAGGAAGCAAUAUGAAGAAAUGGCAGAAAAGAGCCGCCAAGAAGCCAAAGAACGUUUUGAAAAGCAGAUAGUAGAACUGAAYGAGGAAGUUACCAUCAGUAUUGGAAAGUUGGAGGUCCAAAGGAAAGARAUCACAGAACGGAGACAGGUCUUCCAGAGCCUGGAGCUGGAAUUACAGUCCCUGCUGAGCAUGAAACAGACCCUGGAAGGUUCUGUGGCUGAAACAGAAGCACGGUACAGUUUCCAGCUUGCCCAGAUACAGGGAGCCAUUUCCAGUCUGGAGGCUCAGCUAAGGCAGCUCCGAGCUGACAUGGAGGCUCAGAACAAUGAGUACAGCAGCCUGCUGGAUAUCAAGACUCGCUUGGAGAUGGAGAUUGCCACGUACCGCCGGCUGCUGGAGGGAGAGGAACUGACGGUAGAAGCAACACCAAUGGCAGACGAUGAAAAAGAAUCAAGUAAAUAUAAGAAGAUCAAGACAAUAGUUGAAGAGGUGGUUGAUGGCAAGAUUGUCUCCUCUGAGGUCAGAGAGAUCGAAGAGAAGAUGUAAAUGGCACCAGCACAGGAGACG